AUGUGGCUGUGGCGCCUGCUGCUGCUGAAGUUUCUACUGCUGGUCUGCCUGUCGGUGGCCGCCGGCGCCGCCGCCACCAUCCUGAACGGUCUCCUGGUGUACGUGCGCCACCAUCUGGCCGGCAGCAGCCGACCGCGCGCCGAUUAUGUUACUAAGAAGUCUGUACUCCUGCUCGUGUCGUCUACCCUGGCCGCGCUGCUGCUGCUCACCCAGACCAGGGAGGUGCCCUGGGAGUGGCUGGGCACGCUGACGCUGCUCGUGGCCAUCGCGCCGGCCCUGCUCACCUGGCUCGGGCCGCCCAAUGAGCACGUCGAAAACUGCCAGCUGUGCCAGAUCGGUAAGGGCAGCGCCUACGGCCAUUAUUUUGGCUACCUCAGGCUCAUGGAAGGCGAUCAUGGCAUCCGGACACGUCUGGAGAAAUUCAAACGUGAAAACCCUGCGGGCUUUCCAGAGGAAGAGCUGGAGAAAUUAUACUCCAAAGCAAUAGUGGUGCUUGCGCCAAAGGAUGGUAGUUACCCCGAACAAUGGGACGAACUGGAAGGUGUUGGCAAGAUCACUGCAACACUGAAACCCUUCAAGAAAAGAGUGGGUGGCAACGAGCGCAGCUAUGGAGAAUUCAAGGUGCAUGAGGUGAAGUCGAGCGACGGCGAGCACAAGAUGUAUGUGGCGCUGGACAAGGUGGGAGCCCUGGAAACCCUCAAGAAGCUUCGUCAACACGGCCCAGCCGGCCUCAGCGCUGCCGACUGCCGGCAACAGAUGAAGGAGUUGAUGGAGGAGCUCGAAGAGAUCGUGUCUGACAAUGACCACCUGAAAGGCCAGCUGAAGGUGGUCAGUUACGACGCCGACGAGCAUAUCGGGGAUGUCAUCUUGGCGGCAAUCACAGAGGGCUAA